AAUCAAGAAAGAGUACAUUAACUUUCUUCAUAAUUUACACCGAUUCGAAUCAAAAUAUGGGAAAAUCGAAAUCGAAGUCAAACAGUCGCUCAAUCUCAAAAUGGAAGAAGUUCUUCUCAAAUGGUGGUGGUAAUGAGAAAACCGCGGUAACUGGUGAUUCUCACGAAGAUGAUAAACCUCCACCAGGAAAUCAAAGUCCGAACGACAAAUCAAGGGAAUCAGUUUUUUCUGGAAAUUCAAGAUCUAAGAGUUUGAUUAAGCGCCGAGGAAUUCGCGAAGAGCAGAAAACAACAGAAGACAAGAAUGUUGAGCAACCAUCACCAAAUCCGAAUUCGAAAAGUAUUGGAGAGGAGAAGAAAGAGAGAAAAGAGGAGAAGGUGAAGAAAGAUGAGAAAUUGAAGAAAGAUGAUGGAGGUGGAGGAGGUGUUGGUGGAUCGAAAACUGAAGAUGUUCCAGUGAAGAUUCCGAAGAAAAUAGAAGCUAAGAAGGAAGAACAGGAAGCGAGUGUUUUUGAGGAAGUCGCUGGACCCGCAGCACCUGCACAAUCCGGAACUCAUGGAAUCAAAAACAAAAUGCGUUGGAAGAUUGAUGUUGAUGGAGCUGAUAUCAAAGGAGAUCAGAAAAUGCCAGAAGUUAUUGAUAAGCUUGCUGCGUUGAGGAAGAAAAGUAAAAUGAAAAAGUGCAAAGUUUUGAAAGCAAAUGAGAAGGCGGGAGCUGUUGAGGACGAUGAAUCGUGUGAGGAUAUAAUCAUCAACAGUGCUCGUGUCCUCCAACUCAUCAAGCUUGAAUCUCUCAUUUCAAAAGAAAUCCCAGUGGAAGCCGAUCAAGAACUUCUUCGUGGAUUCUGUCGUAGUGGAGAUCAAGAAGAUAAAGCUGAAGUUUUCAUUGAAAAAAUCACAUUAGCGAUUUGCAACGCAAUUGUUCAGAAGAAUGAAUUUAUUCGCCAAGUAGUAGUUCCAGGAGAAUUGAGAAUGUUUGCAGUGGAUGAGAAGAAGGCUAAGCUUCCUAUUAUGGCUCUUCUUAUGGCUCGUAAGGAUCUUCUUUAUGUGUCAUGGUUGAAACCAAAUCGAGAUGUUGAGAAUACUUUGGAUGGCACCUGGUCGGGAAUGGCGAUGAAAAAGGAUUCUGGUGGUUGCCCAGUACGUAGUACUUUGCUUUGAAGAGAUCUCAAUUACUUUUCUCUCUAAAUAAACUGUUUUGAAUAUA